AUGGAGGAUCUUGAGCAAUUGGAGCGAUUGUCACUUGUCAACAAGGUGGUGAGCGAGCUCUACAAUCAUACAGGAUUGAGCGAUAAGGUGUUAGCCGAAUACAUUUUGCAUUUGCAUGACGAAGCCAAGGGAUCGCUGGCCAAGUUCAAGUCUUCACUCAAGGAUGCCGACUUUUCAGAAUCGUUUAUUGAGAACCUGGAUCGCAUAAUCAACACCAUGAAGCCGAAACCGGGUUUAUCACAGCAACCAGCCGAAGUCAAGGCAGAGACGUUACCAGGUCUUGCUAUGGCGGAUGACCCCAACUGGUAUCAAAAGCGACAAGAAGAUUUGAAUGUAGCAGAUGAUAUGAUGGCAGAAUUGGAACGUGGUGAGCAACAACGACAACGAAGCCCUUCACCACCCGCACGUUCACGACGACGAUCUCGUAGCCCUCGACGACGACAUCAUCGAUCUCGUACUCCACCUCGUCGACGUGAAAAACCAGAUGAUGCACCUGUCAUUUACAAGAUUUACAAUGGUCGUGUUACCAACAUGCGUGAUUUUGGUGCGUUUGUACAACUCGAUGGUGUUCGUGGAAGAGUGGAAGGCAUGGUACACGUCAAACAGAUUGCACCUGGUAUGGUUCGUCAUCCUAGUGAUAUCGUACGUCGCAAUCAGCAGGUCAAGGUCAAGGUGAUGUCUGUUGCUGGAUCACGUAUCAGCUUGUCAAUGAAGGAUGUGGAUCAAGAGACUGGCGAGGAUUUAUCACCCAAUUUACGCGUACGAUCCAAAGAGGAAAUGGAUUCACUUGCAACUCGUAAUCCUGAUCGACCAGCAUCAGCUAUUCGUCGCCAAUUUGAUGAUGAUGGCCCCAAUCGUGCCGUUAAACGCAUGUCUUCGCCCGAACGUUGGGAGAUUAAGCAAUUGAUUGCUUCUGGUGUGGUGAAUGCUGCUGAUUAUCCCGAUAUCGACAAGGAUGCAAAUGACUUUGAAGCUGAUAUGGAAGCUGAAGAGGAGAUUGAUGUGGAAGUGCGUGAAGAAGAGCCACCCUUUUUACGUGGUCAGACCAAAAAGACAUUGCAACUUAGUCCUGUCAAAGUGGUUAAGAUCCCUGAUGGUACAAUGAAUCGAUCAGCAUUAGCAGGUGCAGCAUUGGCUAAGGAACGACGUGAACUUCGACACCAACAACAAAAUGAAGAGAUGGAUCAAGCUGCAAAGGAUGUCAAUAAGCCAUGGUUGGAUCCAAUGCCUGAACCUGGUGAACGCCAAUUUGCGCAGGAUUUACGUGGAGCAGCAGCUGCUGGUCAACAACCCAAAUCAGAAUGGAAACAAGCUACGUUCAACAGUGCAACUAGUUUCGGCAAGAUCACCAAUCUAUCAAUCCAAGAGCAGCGUGAAUCAUUGCCUAUCUUCAAGCUGAGAUCAUCCUUGGUACAAGCUAUUUCAGAGAAUCAGUUCUUGGUGGUGGUUGGUGAUACUGGAUCUGGAAAGACGACACAAAUGACACAAUACCUUGCUGAAGAAGGUUUCUCGAAUCUUGGUCGUAUUGGAUGUACUCAACCUCGUCGUGUGGCUGCCAUGUCCGUUGCUAAGCGUGUUGCUGAGGAAGUGGGUUGUCGUGUUGGCCAAGAAGUGGGUUACACUAUUCGUUUCGAAGAUUGUACAAGCCCCGACACUCGCAUCAAGUACAUGACCGAUGGUAUGCUUUUGCGUGAAUGCUUGAUCGAUCCAGCCAUGUCCAAUUACUCGGUGGUCAUUCUUGACGAAGCUCACGAACGUACUAUUUCUACCGAUGUAUUGUUUGGUUUAUUGAAACGUGCCGCAAAGAUUCGACCUGAUCUCAAGCUCAUCAUCACGUCAGCAACAUUGGAUGCCGAUAAGUUUGCCAGCUAUUUCAACAAUUGUCCUAUUUUCACUAUUCCCGGUCGAACGUAUCCUGUCGAGGUGCUAUACACCAAAGAUCCUGAACCCGAUUAUCUCGAUGCAGCAUUGAUUACGGUGAUGCAAAUUCACUUGUCAGAACCACCUGGAGACAUCUUGCUGUUCUUGACAGGUCAAGAAGAGAUUGAUACAUCAUGCGAGAUUCUUUACGAGCGUAUGAAGGCCCUUGGAUCAGAAGUACCGGAGCUUAUCAUCUUACCGGUGUACAGUGCUCUUCCCAGUGAAAUGCAAUCACGUAUCUUUGAUCCAGCACCUCCUGGCAGUCGUAAGGUUGUUAUUGCUACCAACAUUGCAGAAACAUCCAUCACCAUUGAUGGCAUUUACUAUGUGGUGGAUCCUGGAUUUGUCAAGCAAAACAAGUGGGAUGCAAAGUUGGGUAUGGAUUCGCUUGUGGUGGUACCUAUUUCUCAAGCAGCUGCUCGUCAGCGCGCAGGACGUGCUGGUCGCACUGGUCCUGGCAAAUGUUAUCGACUUUACACUGAAGCUGCCUAUCGCAAUGAAAUGCUUCCCAACACAAUUCCUGAAAUUCAGCUUCUCAAUCUCAGCAUGACCGUAUUGAUGCUCAAGGCUAUGGGUAUCAACGAUUUGUUGCAUUUUGAUUUCAUGGAUCCGCCACCUGAAGCCAACAUGAUUCAAGCUCUUGAACAACUUUAUGCAUUGCAAGCAUUGGAUGAUGAAGGGUUAUUGACACGUUUGGGACGCAAGAUGGCUGAAUUCCCAUUGGAACCACAAUUAUCCAAAAUGUUGAUCCAAUCCGUUGAUCUUGGAUGCUCCGAAGAAAUCUUGACGAUCGUUGCCAUGCUCACAGCACAAAAUGUGUUCUAUCGACCCAAGGAAAAACAAGCUCAAGCUGAUGCCAAAAAGGCGAAGUUCCAUCAACCCGAAGGUGACCACCUCACACUCCUCACUGUAUUCAAUGGAUGGAAAGCCAACAGUUACGCCAACCCAUGGUGUUUUGAAAACUUUAUUCAAUCACGCAGCAUGAAACGAGCAUUGGAUGUACGCAAGCAACUUGUGGGCAUUAUGGAUCGAUAUAAGCACGACAUUGUAUCAUGCGGCCGCAAUUAUACCCGUGUCUGUAAAGCACUUGUGUCUGGUUAUUUCCGCAAUGCUGCUAAGAAGGAUCCACAAGAAGGUUACAAGACGCUAUUGGAAGGCACACCCGUAUACAUUCAUCCAUCAAGUGCAUUAUUUAACAAGGGGCCUGAAUGGGUUAUUUAUCACGAAAUUGUGUUUACAUCCAAGGAGUACAUGCGUGAAGUGACAGCCAUUGAUCCAAAGUGGUUGACAGAGGCAGCACCGACCUUUUUCCGAGUGGCCGAUGCUAACAAGAUAUCCAAACGCAAGAGACAAGAAAAGAUUGAGCCAUUGUUCAACCGAUACGAGAAACCCAACCAGUGGCGUCUUAGCAAAGUCAAGCGAGGUGGUAGAAUUAGUCAAACAUUUGGAUAG